AGAUGCAAAAAACUUGAUCCCUAUGGAUCCAAAUGGACUUUCAGAUCCCUAUGUGAAGCUGAAACUUAUCCCAGACCCUAAGAAUGAAAGUAAACAAAAAACCAAAACAAUCCGCUCCACACUAAACCCACAGUGGAAUGAGUCAUUCACUUUCAAAUUAAAACCUACAGAUAAAGAUAGACGGUUAUCUGUCGAAAUCUGGGACUGGGAUCGAACAACAAGAAAUGAUUUUAUGGGUUCACUUUCAUUUGGGGUAUCGGAGCUUAUGAAAAUGCCAGCAAGUGGAUGGUAUAAGUUGCUUAACCAAGAAGAAGGUGAAUACUACAAUGUGCCCAUUCCAGAAGGAGAUGAAGAAGGAAAUAUGGAACUAAGGCAGAAGUUUGAAGUAAGGAUGAGAAGGAAAUAGCUUUAGUUGCCCUUCCUCUGACUAAGCAACACUUCAGAUGGUUAAUCUGUACUUACCAAUGCUCAAAAAUGUUCAUUAGCUAUUUUCUUUAAAGCAUAAAUGCUAUAUUAUUAAACCAGCAAUAUAAAAUGCUUCUCUUCUCAGGUAAAUGGAUAAACAGAAUGUCACUAUUAUCUUCUCUAUCCUCUAGAAAGAAAAACUAUUUCCUGAGAAACUCUGCAGUGAAAUUGAGGGUAUCAUUGGGACCAUUUUCUCCCUGAUUCUUAGCUUGCAGUCAGGAAGAUGUGAAUUUAAAUCCUGCCUCUGAUACUUAGUAACUGUGAUUAUAGAAUAGUCCCUUUGCCCUCGUAUACCUCAGGGGACUGCCUAGGACUUAUCUAGUAAUUCAUGAAUGGGUCACAAUCUGUACUGGCAAAGGGAAUUCCCACAAUCAGAGUUCUUCAGGUUCACAAAAUCACAGUUGCUUCUUCUAAGAGUUUCUUUCUUUGCAUGUUCUAUUCUUCACUGUCAUUAAUCAUUUGAGCAAUGAAAACUUAAAAUCUUCUAUAAUAGACCAAACUGAAAGAAGAAUUAAUUGCCUUGGGCAUAUUAAAAAAGGCAACUAGAUGUCGCCAUAGUGCACAGAGCACUGGGUCGGGUGUCAGGAAGUCUCCUGAGUUCAAAUCUGGCCUCAGACAUUUACUAC